AUGCCAUUCAUUGUAAAUGGUGAAGUUGUCAUGAAGAACGACACAACAGUAUAUAAGUCUGUAUAUGAAGCGUUAGAAUAUAUGUUGAAUUAUAAUCCCGAAAGAUUUGACCCAAGCACUACACCAUGUGCAAUGCCUUUUAUUAAGGACGGUGAAAUCGUAAGAGUUCCGGAUUCAACGGUUUACACAGCUGUUCAAAACAGUUUACAAAACAUUUUAGCGAAUAUCUUUAAUUCAGAAACUACAGAAAUAAAAUUACCAUAUAUAACAGAUGCUAAAGAAAUUAAAUCAAAAACGACAACAUUAUUUACGUCACUUAAUGAUUUAAUGACUUAUAUCAUUAAUAUUCCUGCACCAACUACAGCAUUUGAUCCAAACUCGACGGUUUGCAGUGUACCUUUCAUAAAUGACAGUUCAUUAAUUACUUUAAGGGAUUCGACAGUAAAUGAAUCAUUAAAGGCGUCAUUAAUGAAAAUCAUUGAUUUUAAUUCAUUCAUGAAUACAUAUAAUUCAUUCAUUAAUGUUUCAUAUGCUUCUAAAGAAGGUGAGCCAAAAACUAUCGAUAAAGCGGUGUAUGAAAUAAAAGCAUCAACGACGAAAUUGAAUUCGUUAACUUUUGACGGUGAUAGUUUCGUUAAUGACAUAACAUCGGGGAAAACAAUUUUAACGAAAGAAUAUUUAAAAUCUCAUGUUAGUGAGUUCGUUGAAAUUGAAAAAGAAGGUGGAAUUAAGUUCGAUCCACUGAAUUUCAUUUUCAGCUUAGCGAAUGCGGGUGUUAGUUUCGCUGAAUGGACAACUAUACAGAGUGAAAUAAAUGCAAUAUGGACGUUUUUGGGGUCAAAAGCGGGAAUGGGUGA